AUGAACAAUGCAAGGAAGAGUCAAUUUCCAAUAGAUAAACAUUCUUUUGAUCUAGAUGAAGAAGGUAUAAGUAUCUUAAAAUGUAGAGAACAUAAGACGAGCAUUACGUGCAUUUGCGUAUCGUCUAACAACAAAUAUAUAUUUUCGGGAAGCAAGGAUGGAGCUAUAGUUAAAUGGUCUUUGGAGAAGAGAAGCAAAGAAGGAAGUUUACCAUUUGCCUACAAAGAAGAUGGUAAAGAAAUUAAAGGUCAUUCAAGAGGAAUCCUGAGUAUAGCUAUAUCUUCAGAUAACAAAUAUUUAGCAGUCGGCGAUGAAACUAUGUAUAUACAAAUUUGGGAUCCGCAAAAGCUAAAGCACAUCCAUACAUUGAAAGGACACCAAAGCUCUGUAACUGCUAUAAAGUUCAAAUUAAGGAGUAAUACGUUAUACUCGGCGAGCAAGGAUAAAAUUGUUAAAGUCUGGGAUUUGGAUGAAAUGGCUUACGUCGAGAGUGUAUUUGGACAUACGGAUGCGAUAACAGCCAUCGAUGUUCUUAGUGCAGAUAGGGUUAUAACAGCAGGAGGUCGCGACAAUACUUUGAGGAUUUGGAAGUUCUGCGAAGAAACCCAAUUGAUUUACAAAGGACACAACGGGAGUAUUGAUUGCGUCGUAAUCAUCGACGAAGGUCAUUUCGCAUCUGGUGGAGAUGACGGACAAAUUUGUGUAUGGAGAAUAGGCAGAAAGAGACCUGUGUAUGCGGUGAAAGAUGCGCAUGGUGUGAAUCAGACAAAUGGCGAAAGUUUCUGGAUAACAUCUUUAGCUUCGUUUAUUAAUAGCGAUCUUCUUGCAUCAGGAUCUGAAGACGGUUACCUGCGUUUGUGGCGUUUGGAAAAAGGAUUCAAUAAUGUGACGAUGUUACGUAAAAUACAGAUUGUUGGAGUUGUCAAUGAUUUGAAAUUCACGAAUGAUGGAAAAUGUUUGUUGGCUGGUGUUGGUAAGGAACAUCGGUUUGGUAGGUGGACUGUUAAGAAAUCUGCUAAAAAUUCAGUUGUUCUAAUCCCUGUUCUUCAUAAUGUUUUGUAA